UUCGCGCCAACAGAAAUAUAAAUAGUCGUAUCUGGUAGAAUCCAUUUUGAAUUCUCAAAAGUUCCCUCCACUCUCUCACACACACAUACAAACGCUAAUUCUCACAGUUCAACUUUCUAGAGAAAAUGUCAGCGUCAAAAUCAAGCGCAAGGAAAAGAGUUUCGGAGCCGCAAAUACCAAAAUCGGAGAGCAAAAGGCGAGUUAGCGCCGUCGAAGAUGAAUUCGAUGCUGAGAUCUCAGAUGAUAUCAAAGGGAUUAUGACGGCGUUAAAGCAGAUAAGAGAGAAGGCACAACAAGACGGUCUGAAGAAGAAAGAAGAAACCAUCUCUAGCGUGACUUCAGAAGUCAAGUCAAAGAUCGAUGAGCUCAAAGUAAAACUUGAGAAAGACAGGCAAGGUUUUGCGAAGGCACUGUCCAAGAGCUCCAAAGAGUGUGAGAACUUGCUAAAGAAUGAAACUGCAAAGUUCCAAUCGAUUUAUGAGAAGUUCAACAAGGAGAAAGCUACACAUCUGCAGUCUCUCAGAGAUACUAUAUCCAAAUAUGAGGAGGAAAAGGAAAGACUAUUCAUGCGAUAUGAGCAACUAAGGAAGAAAGAGAAGAGCAUGAUAUCUGAACUUGAGCAAGACUCUAAAAAACGAAUUUCUGAACUAGAGGAGUCGCUGAAGAAAAAGAAGCAGGAUGAUAAAGCAUUCAGCUUUCUGAGAAAAACUCUAGGUUCAUUUCUGGAUAAUGCCUCAGAUGAGGACUUCCCACCUGAUGAUUGAACGUCGCGAAGAUGUAUCUGCAGCUGAAAAUGACAGUUUCUAUCUCCUGAUGAUUGUAAGUCCCACAUAUGGUCUGUGGAUACUGCCACUAGCAAUUAAUUUGAAUGUCUUAUAGUAGUUUAUAUUAAGAAGUCUUCUUCCAAAGGUCAAGCGUAUACUGAUCAAUAGCUUCUCUUAGUAGUUGCAUUGGUAACUAUCAUUUGCUGCAUUUUUAAUAUUACUGCUACAUCUUCUAUUGUUGUUUAAACGUAGUAGGGCAGUCUAGUGUUGACUCUAAAUACUGAUUCGAGAUGUAGUAAAUAAUAUAGAUGUUCUAAUUCUUCCGCUGCUCAACUUCUG